CCCGGGACGAGGCGGUGGUCCCGGCGUCGCCCUCAGUCAUCACCGCGAUGGGAACUAGCAUAAGGUUCUUUUGUGAGCUAAGCCCUUAUCCCGUACUGCCUUAAACCGUUCCAUCUGGAGACCUCCAUCUGAGCCGCGUCUCUCCUCCAGUAAACUGAGGAAGAGGAUGACACAUCCAGAGAUGAGACGUGUUGGUCCUGUCAACUUGGACAAGGACAUUUGUUGUUAUUGAACUCAUCUACACAAUAUCCGCCAUGUUUGUUUCUUCAGUGGUCCUGUGGACUUUGGUAGUUGAAAUCUCAGCCCGGGUUUUGGCUACAGCUGACCCGCCCCUCCUUUCCCCUCGUCACUAUCAGCACAUAGACCCAGGCUCGGGCGCCCAGCUGGUCUGCGACAAAUGCCCGGCAGGUACUUAUGUGUCUGUUCACUGCUCCGCAACGUCUGUUCGGGAGUGCAACCCGUGCCCUGCAGGUACCUUCACACGUGGUGAAAACGGUGUCGUCCAAUGCCAUCGCUGCCGAGCUCCAUGUCCUGCAGGCCUCAUUGAGAAAGUACCCUGCACUGCCACCCAGGACCGUGUGUGUACAUGCCCCCCUGACAGCUUCCUGUCGGGGGAAGGAGGCACAGAGUGUAAGCCCCACUCCAUGUGCCCCCCAGGGACAAGGGUGAAAAAGCGGGGCAGCGAAACAGAAGAUGUGCUUUGCAAGCUGUGCACCAAAGGAACUUUCUCCCAUGUGGAAUCAAGCGCACUCAAGUGCCAAGCCCACGUGGACUGCCGAGCGCAGGGGCUGACGCUGCUCACAGCGGGGACAAGAGAGACUGAUAAUGUCUGUGGACCCCCGUCUGCAUCUUUCUCCACAACCACUUCACAAGAACAGCAUAUAGCAACAUCUUCUUCAUCACCAUUACUGGAAGAUCACAAAGGGUUCAACAGUCGCUCAGCAGCCAUUCAACUGAGGAAAUACCAAGAUGGGAAACCGGAGAGCAUAAUUCACAGCCGAGCUACCCGCACCAUUCCACCUACUCGGGAGCCACCUGCGUCUUUACCUCCCACAGCUCUCAAACAGGUGGAUCAUACUCACCAAUGGGACCAAACAAAUCCUGACCUUUUGCAUGGUCCUAACAAGAGGACGGCAGAAGGAUUAGAGGGUUCAGACGUCAGGGUUGGGACGGGCAUCAGUAAGAUUGCUGUGCAGUUGAACGGAGGCGGUGGAGGCUGGGUUUCCAACUACAAUAGGCACACUCGAAGAGGAUCUCCACGGCCGAGCACCCAUAAUGCCUUUGACAUCAACGAGCACCUGCCCUGGAUGAUCGUCCUGUUGCUUCUACUCGUACUGGUGGUGAUUGUGAUGUGCAGUGUGAAACAAAGCUCCCGUGUGCUCAAGAAAGGCCCCAUGCAGGACCCGAGCAGUAUCAUGGAGAAGGCGCUUCACAAGAAACCAUCUGUGCCUCCGGUACCGGUCAAAGAGAAGUGGAUUUACUACUCCAAUGGACAAGGGGUGGACAUCCUAAAACUAGUCGCCGCACAUGUUGGCCCCCUGUGGAUCGACAUCUACCAGUCGUUGGCCAACGCCACUGAACGUGAAGUGGCUGCCUUCUCCAACGGCUACUCGUCGGAUCACGAGCGAGCAUACGCCGCGCUCCAGCACUGGACCAUUCGGGACGGCGACGCCAAUCUGGCCAAACUGAUCAACGCCUUGCAUCGGCAGCGCCGCAUUGACGUGGUGGAGAAGAUCCGGCUGGUCAUGGAGGACAACCCACAGUUUGACAUCAGCCAGCUGAUGACAUCCGUCAAUGGAAGCCAAAGCCUCAGUCCCAUCCACAAGUCUCUGGAGUCUCCCUGCAGCGUCGGAGGUGCGGUGGAGCAGUCGCCCGUGGAUCGCACCAAAAGCUUCUUCCACGACGAGUCGGAACCGCUCCUCCGUUGCGACUCCACCUCCAGCAAGGACUCUGCCCUCAGCAGGAACGGCUCGUUCAUCACCAAAGAGAAGAAAGACACUGUGCUGCGACAAGUCCGCCUUGACCCAUGUGACCUCCAGCCCAUCUUUGACGACAUGCUGCACAUCCUCACCCCAGAAGAGCUGCACAUCAUCGAGGAGAUCCCCACCGCCGAGGACAAGCUGGAUCAGCUUUUUGAGAUCGCGGGGGUCAAGAGUCAGGAGGCCAGUCAGACGCUGCUGGACUCGGUCUACAGCCACCUCCCAGACCUUUUGUAGAGGGAGGUGAAAAGACACGGAGGGGAAGCAGCACGAGGUCGUAAAGUAGCGUCAGAGGUACGAUUGACAGCAUGGCUCAUCGGCGCUUCGAAAUGAGGUGGUUAUUUACUUCCUGCAGUCACCUUUACUCUCCUCUUCUUUUGUGUGAUCAUGAUUAUUCAUUCAUCCAACAUCAUACACAUGUAUCGUGGAACCCGCUUAUGUCGACAAGCCGCGUAUGUCGACCAACCCGUCAAGUCCUGGUCCACCCGUCGUCUUCUUAAUACUAAUAACUGACCACUUAAGUUGACAUCGACAUAUAUCGCCUUAGUAGACAUAACAUUUGAGACCAUAUCGGAUCAUUUCUAAGAAAAAUAGGUCCGUUUAUGCCAACAACCCGUUUAUGUCGACCAACUCAUCAAGUCAUGGUCCACAGUGUUCUCUUUAUUACUAAAAAGUGGCUACUUGACGUCGACAUACACAGUCGAUCGAUUUUGUCGACAUUUCUAUGAAAAAUGGGCUCGUUUGUGUUGACAACCCGUUUAUGUCGACCAACUUGUCAAGUCCUGGUUGAUUGAGUUCUUCUUACUAAAAAGCCGAUGCUUAAGUGGACGUGGACCUGCACGGUAGAUGAAUUUUGUCAACAUUUAUAUGAAAAAUGGGCUCGUUGAUGUUGACAACCCGUUUAUGUCGACCACCUUGUCAAGUCCUGGAUGAUUGUGCUCUUCUUACUGAAAAGCGGAUGCUUAAGUUGACAUCGACAUGCACGGUAGAUGAAAUUUGUCAACAUUUGUAUGAAAAACGGGCACAUUGAUGUUGACAACCCGUUUAUAUCAACCAUCUUGUCAAGCCCUGGUUGAUUGUGUUGUUCUUACUAAAAUGUCGACGCUUAAAUUGACAUUGACCUGCAUGGUAGAUGAAUUUUGUCAACAUUUAUAUGAAAAAUUGGCCCGUUGAUGUUGACAACCCGUUUAUGUUGACAAACUUGUCAAGUCCUGGUUGAUUGUGUUCUUCUCACUAGAAAUCGGACGCUUAGGUUGACAUCGACAUGCACGGUAGAUAAAAUUUGUCAACAUUUAUAUGAAAAAUGGGCUCGUUGAUGUUGACAACCCGUUUAUGUCGACCGACUCGUGAAAGUCCAGGUUGAUUGUCUUCUUCUUACUAGAAAGCGGAUGCUUAAGUUGACAUGGACAUGCACGGUAGAUAAAAUUUGUCAACAUUCAUAUGAAAAAUAGGCUCGUUUAUGUUGACAACCCGUUUAUGUCGACCAACUCGUCAAGUCCAGGUUGAUUGUGUUCUUCUUACUAAAAAGCGGACGCUUAAGUUGACAUCGACAUGUAAGGUAGAUAAAAUUUGUCAACAUUCAUAUGAAAAAUGGGCUCGUUUAUGUUGACAACCCGUUUAUGUCGACCAUCUUGUCAAGUCCUGGUUGAUUGAGGUCUUCUUACUAAAAAGUGGACGCUAAAGUUGACAUUGACAUGUAAGGUAGAUAAAAUUUGUCAACAUUCAUAUGAAAAAUGGGCUCGUUUAUGUUGACAACCUGUUUAUGUCGACAACCCGUUUAUGUCGACCAUCUUGUCAAGUCCUGGUUGAUUGAGUUCUUCUUACUAAAAAGUGGACGCUUAAGUUGACAUUGACAUGUAAGGUAGAUGAAAUUUGUCAACAUUCAUAUGAAAAAUGGGCUCGUUUAUGUUGACAACCCGUUUAUGUCGACCAUCUUGUCAUGUCCUGGUUGAUUGAGGUCUUCUUACUAAAAAGUGGACGCUAAAGUUGACAUCGACAUGUAAGGUAGAUGAAAUUUGUCAACAUUCAUAUGAAAAAUGGGCUCGUUUAUGUUGACAACCCGUUUAUGUUGACCAACUCUUCAAGUCCUGGUCCACCAUGUUAUUCUUGAUAGUAAAAAGUGACUUUAUCAUCGCCCGUUCUUCUUAAAGUAAAUGUGCAAACAACGGCUAGUUUCGGGGUCGAUCUCGGUUACGUGGGCAACCGCUUAUUUCGUUGACAGUCAGCCAAUUCGCGGGGUGUCGACAUAAGCGGGUUCCACUGUACUUUGUUGCUACACAAUGAAAAAAAAACGACACUUUUCAUAAAAGAAAAACGUCAAAUCAGUGUUUUUCAUUGUAGCGCGACAAUCUGUUGGACGAUGUGAAGUAAAAAAAGCACUUUCUGUAUCUUAAACAGCCGGCACCUCUCAUGGAUGAUACUGCUUCUCCUGCCUUCUGCUCAGAUCAAGCAGUAUUAGCUUUUCGAGGCUCAUCAAAGAAUUCACAUUGAACAUUUCUGGACCUAUUUUCCCAGGUGUGGUUUGACCCUCGACUUAUGUGCCUGCACACGUCCAUGUACUCAUUGUUUCCACUCUCUGCUAGCUGGCUGCGCUGGAACCAAAGCCAUACUUGUUUGGACGUAAGGAAUCCAAUACAGGCAUGGAUGGAUGUAGCACUGCUAUACAUGGAUACACGCAUUAUGAUAUCAUACACUAUAUGGCUUAGGCUGUUUGUAUAGCACUGAUAUAUACAGUAUGUUAAAACCUCUCCAGUCUGCUUGUGUGGAAUGAAAGCCAUGUACUGUAUCUUCACCAUACGCACUACACAUGUAGCUGCUGUGUCUGUGCUAUAAUACAAUAUUGAGUGUCCAAAGCACACGUCCCAUUUUUAUUUUGAAUAUAUUCACAUUUGAUGUGUUUAUAAUAAUGUUAUAUAUGAUGAUAUGUUUAUAAUGUUAUGUAUGAUGUCAACAUGGGCCAAAGUUGUGACUCCUUGGAUUGGGAUGACUACAUGACGUUGUGACAGGGAUGGCGAAACUGUAAAUCGGAGAACGCCGACGUCAGGCUAGCAAAAUGUCCCCCUCCCGCUUAGGUUUGGGACACCCCUGGCUUACAUAUUGGAAUGUAUGAGAAAAUCCAGGGGAUGCGACACUUUGUGGUCAUCUCCAACCAUGCAUCUGUUUUACUUUCUUAAAUACGUCGACUUCCUGGUUUUUACAAUUUUUUUGGGAUUCCUUCGGUUUUUGUAGCAUUCUUUCAUUAACAUUUUGACUUUUUUUGUAUCUUAUGUUUUUCUGAAUGGGCAUUCCUGUGUCAUUUCACCCUUGCUUGGCAUGACUUGCAUACGUGCUCAAUGGGAUGCAAGAUACAGUACAUCCCUGCUGUUCAAAUGCCGAAAAACUGCAUAAAAAUGCCCAUUUUUGAGAGUCUAAAACCUAUAAUACGCCUCUCGCAGUUAAUAAACACGUUUAAAGUCAGUUUUACACAUUAAAAACUAUUAUCGGCAUACAGUGUACAGUACUGUACUGUAUUGUAUUGUAGAAAUCAUCUUCCUGCUGGAAAAUGUUGAAUAAAUUGACUUGUCAAACAGCACCCUCUGCUGGAUUCAUGGCUGAAGCACAAUGAGGAGGAUGUCCUGACUCCUUUUUUUUUUUAUGAUGAUGAAGUAAUGUCUGAAGGAAUGAAGGUGAGGUGUUAAACAUGUGGGGGAUUUAAUGAUUCAUAAGCAUAACCACUAUGUUUGCUAUGUAACCUUCGAAAUCAGCCAAUUA